AUGUCGACUUUGAAAAAACAACCCAUUCUAAUUAGCCAUGCAUUGGAUAUUAUCGUGUUUGGCUCGAUUGGUAUCGGUGCCCUGAUCUGGCUUACGUCCAAGCUCCGGUCUUCAGGCAAUAACAACAAUCGAAGCAUUGGCAGCGGCAGCAGUAGCGGUGAUAAUGGCGGUGCAGCACCACCUAAAGCCCAACCCAAAGUGGAACGUAACUUUGUAAAGAUUAUGGAACAACAGGACCGACGAGUGAUCUUUUUCUAUGGUUCACAAACGGGCACGGCAGAAGACUACGCAUCACGGUUGGCCAAAGAAUGUUCACAAAAAUAUGGUGUCAAUUGCAUGACAGCCGAUAUUGAAUUAUACGACAUGAGCUAUUUGGAUACCUUGCCCCAAGACAAGCUGGCAGUGUUUGUGAUGGCUACCUAUGGCGAGGGUGAACCUACCGACAAUGCUGUAUCAUUUUGGGAUCUGAUUAUGGAAGAAACGGUCGAAUUUUCUAAUUCUCCUAUUGGUGGUGGCGAUGAAGAAGAUGAUCAACCACAACAACAGCAACCCCUGAAUCAACUUCGAUACAUGGUGUUUGGCUUAGGCAACAAGACUUAUGAGCACUACAAUGCCGUUGCACGUUUAUUGGAUCAAAGGCUAAGUGCACUUGGCGCCAAGAUUGUAGGUGAACGUGGCGAAGGUGAUGAUGAUGGAUCUUUGGAAGAAGACUUCCUUGCAUGGCAAGAGCAAAUGUGGCCUGCAUUUUGUGAUGCUCUCGGGGUCGAUGAAUCCGGUGCCGGAGGCGCAGCGGCACGGCAACCCACUUUUGCCGUCAAUGUCGUGGAAGACUAUGAUGCUGACAAGGUGUAUAUGGGUGAAUUGGCUGAAUGGUCACAACAAACACAAAUGCAUGGAGCCAAGCACCCAUAUGCAGCAUCUUUUACAAGCCGUGAUCUUUUCCAAGGCGGUGAUCGGCACUGUCUCCAUUUGGAGAUUGAUCUUUCAGGUGCAAAGGGGCUAAGCUAUCAAACAGGCGACCACGUUGCAAUUUGGCCCACUAAUAAUGACACCGAAAUUAAUCGCCUCGCCUCAGUAUUGGGUCUAAGUGACAAAUUGGAUCAAGUCAUUCGCAUCGAUGCCAUCGAUCCCGCUGCAUCCAAAAAGCAUCCAUUCCCUGUACCUACCACCUAUCGUGCAGCCUUCCGACAUUACCUUGAUAUUUGUGCACCUGUGUCACGUCAAACCCUCAUGUCACUUGUUGAAUACGCACCCACAGCAGCAUCACAAGAAGCAUUGCGUACACUUGCAACGGAUAAGGAUGAGUAUCGCGAGAAGGUGGGUGAAGCUGUUCGCAACUUGGGCGAAGUUUUGGAGCUAUGUCAAGAUGAUGAAGGCACCACAGCUGCACCAGGCUUUUUUGAAUCCGUACCCUUUGACUUGGUUGUUGAAAGUUUGUCUCGCCUUCAACCACGCUACUAUUCUAUUUCAUCAUCAUCACGCACUCAUCCAACACAAGUGGCUGUCACCGCUGUAACGCUCGCCUAUCAACCUACACUGACACCCAAUCGCACUGUGUAUGGUGUCAAUACCAACUACUUGUGGCAAAUGCAUGCUGCUCAACACAAAGAUAUCGAUACAAGCGACAUCCCAUCUUAUGAUCUCAAGGGUCCACGUAAUGUACUUGACGCUACACGUUUACCUGUACACAUUCGCCACUCCCAAUUCAAGCUUCCACGUAACAACGCUUUACCCGUAAUCAUGGUUGGUCCUGGUACAGGUGUUGCACCCUUCCGUGGCUUUGUCCAUGAACGUGCUGCUCUAAAGCGAGAAGGCAAAGAAGUGGGUCCUACGAUCUUGUUUUAUGGUUGUCGCCAUCCCAAGCAAGACUUUUUAUAUGCUGAUGAAUGGCCAGAGUUAUUUGAUACACUUGGUGAUGAUUCACAAAUCAUUACUGCCUUUUCUCGUGAAACCGAACACAAGGUCUACGUCCAACACAGACUUCAGGAACACGGCGAACAAAUGUGGCAAUGGAUCGAAAAAGGUGCCUACAUCUAUGUCUGCGGUGAUGCUAAAAACAUGGCUCGUGAUGUCCAACAAACGUUUAUUGGCUUUGCUGAAAAGUAUGGUGGCAAGAGUAACGAGCAGGCACAAGAUUAUGUCAAAAAGUUGCGUAGUACAGGAAGAUACCAAGAAGAUGUCUGGUCAUAG